GCUCAGAAAUGAACUCUAUUGAUGUAUGGCACACUGCUGACUCAUAUUUUACAGUAUCAUUCUCUCUUUUAGAUCAAGAAGAAAUGCGGAUGAAGCGCCUCCAGAUGUUGGGUUUGCUGCCGAAAAAUCCAGAGACUGAAGAGACUUAAGCCGAGGAUAUCAAUACUAUCAAUGGCGAUGGUGCUUCUGCUGUGGCUAAUGAGGAGCCUGCUUCAGCUACAAACGAGAUCAAGGUUAACAAUGAGCCUUUGGUUGUGAGUGAGCCUAAUGCUAACAGCGUGCCUUCAGCUGGCACUGUGUCUAUGGCUAGCAAUGAACCGAAAGCUGUCAAGGACUCCAGCCCUGGGCCUAUUUCUUUUACGUUCAGUGAGUUUUUUCACAUGUGAAUUAUUUUGAGACGCUUAUUUAGAAAGCAAUUGUCUUUUACACACCAUUUGUUUGUUGUAGAUAUCUAUCCUACUGAUAAAGCAGCAACAGCCAAGGUCAUCAGUAGCCUUGCUAAGACCCUCGCUGACUUGUGUCUAAUGGAUGACGGGGCUGAAACUGCCUCUCUGAAGACGAAUCCCAUAGUCAGUGUGAAUAAACCAGUGAAACAUCAAGGAGAGUCGAAAGAUGACUCUUGGCUAUCAGAUUUUGAAAAGCCUGCAAACAAGAACCAAUCAACCCCCAGGUGCGCCAGUGAGGAUGAUUUGGUUGUCGUUAUACCAUCUGACAAUAGCAUGUACAGUGAUGACGGUGGAGCUUAUGGGGCUGGUGCCUCACUUCCAAGGACUGCUACCCUGAACACUACGUUCAAGCCAUUCCAACCUGCAAGGGAUGCUUCCGUAGCUGGGCCAUCAUCAGCUACAUCUUUUUCAAUGGCAGGCCCUGGACCCUCCCAAUCGACUGGGGCAGUCCGUAAAUCAUCUGCUCUUUGA